AUUUGUUUGCGAAACACAAUUAAACCGCAGAUGAAGAAGAUUAUUUUCACUGUGCUCAGUGUUGUUUUGUCGUGGUGAUUAUUAAUACAAUAGUCGUGACUAGAUUUUGAAUCAAGCAGGAAUAUCUGGAGGAGUAUUAUCUGAACUGAGAUCUGCUGCUGUGAAUAUGGUGUUUGUUAAAGAGGAGAACAUGAGUGAACCAGAAACCUGGAGAAUAAAACACGAGGAACCAGAAACCUGGAGAAUAAAACACGAGGAACCAGAAACCUGGAGAAUAAAACAGGAGGAACCAGAAACCUGCAGAUUAAAUGAAGAGGAACCAGAAACCUACAGAAUAAAACAAGAGGAACCUGAAACCUGGAAAAUAAAACAGGAUCAAGGAGAGUUGAUUGAAGAAAAUGUGGAUAAUGAAGAACUAGGUGAAGUUGAGGAGAAAAAUCAUGUCGAAACAGGAGAAAAACAUUUGAGUUGCUCUCAAACCAAACAGAAAGAUUUAAAGAAAAUAAAAGCCAAGAAAUCUUUCACCUGUCCUCAGUGUGGAAAGAGUUUGACAUCCAAAACAAGUCUUGAGCGUCACAUGAAGAUCCACACUGGAGCAAAAGUUUACUCAUGUGAUCAGUGCGGGCAAAUAUUUUUGAGGGCUUCUGAUCUGAAGAAACACCUGAGAGUUCAUACACCGGACAAGCCACAUUCGUGUAGCUUGUCAGGAAAUAGUUUUUCACAGCCAAUACAUUUCACACAUACUGGUGUGAGAGAGUACGUGUGCUUUGAGUGUGAAAAGACAUUUACUACACCAAGCAGUUUAAAACAGCACCAGAAGAUUCACACUGGAGAAAAACCUUAUAAGUGUUCACACUGUGACAAGAGAUUCAGAGACUUAACACAUCUGAAAAUACAUGAGAGGAUCCACACUGGAGAAAAACUGUUCACAUGUGAUCAGUGCGGAAAGAGUUUUGCACAAACAGGACAACUUAGAGAGCAUAUGAAGGUUCAUACUGGAGAGAAGCCAUUCACUUGUGAUCAGUGCGGAAAGAGAUUCACACAAUCAUCAAGUCUUAAAAGCCACAUGAAAAUCCACACUGGAGAGAAACUGUACUCAUGUGAUGAAUGUGACAAAACAUUUUUGAGGGCUUCAGAUCUGAAGAAUCACCUGAGAGUUCAUACAAAGGAGAAGCCACAUUCAUGUCAUUUGUGUGGAAAGAGUUUUUCAUGUUUACAAUAUUUAACACUGCACCAGAAAAUACAUGCUGCUGUUAGAGAGUACAUGUGUUUCGAGUGUGAAAAGACUUUUACUACAGCAAGGUGUUUAAAACAGCACCAGAGGAUUCACACUGGAGAGAAACCUUAUGAGUGUUCACACUGUGACAAGAGAUUCAGUGUGUCAUCAAAUCUGAAAACACAUGAGAGGAUCCACACUGGAGAGAAACCGUAUCACUGCACUGCAUGUGGGAAGAGUUUCAAACAUUCAUCUGCUCUACACAGACAUACAAAAAAAAUUCACAAGUUGAUUGAAGAAAAUGUGGAUAAUGAAGAACUGCGUGAAGUUGAGGAGAAAAAUCAUGUUGAAACAGGAGAAAAACAUUUGAGUUGCUCUCAAACCAAACAGAAAGAUUUAAAGAAAAUAAGAGCCAAGAAAUCUUUCACCUGCACUCAGUGUGGAAAGAGACUGACAUCCAAAACAAGUCUAGAGCUUCACAUGAAGAUCCACACUGGAGAGAAACCGUACUCAUGUGAUCAGUGCGGGCAAAUAUUUUUGAGGGCUUUAGUUCUGAAGAAACACCUGAAAGUUCAUACACCCGACAAGGCACAUUCAUGUAGCUUGUCAGGAAAGAGUUUUUCACAGCCAAUACAUUUAAAAGUUAAUCAGAAAAUGCAUACUGCUGUGAGAGAGUAUGUGUGCUCUGAGUGUGAAAAGACUUUUACUACAGCGACCAGUUUAAAACAGCACCAGAUGAAUCACACUGGAGAAAAACCUUAUAAGUGUUCACACUGUGACAAGAGAUUUAGAGAUUCAACACAUCUGAAAAUACAUGAGAGGAUCCACACUGGAGAGAAACUGUUCACAUGUGAUCAGUGCGGAAAGAGUUUUGCACAAACAGGACAACUUACAGAGCAUAUGAAGGUUCAUACUGGAGAGAAGCCAUUCACUUGUGAUCAGUGUGGGAAGAGAUUCACACAAUCAGCACAUCUUAAGAGCCACUUGAAAAUCCACACUGGAGAGAAACCGUACACAUGUGAUCAGUGCGGGAAGAGUUUCACACAAAAAGGAAGCCUUAGGGUACAUAUGAGACUUCAUACUGGAGAGAAACUGUACACAUGUAAUCUUUGUGGACAGAGUUUCAUGCAGUUAUCAACCCUUAAUGAUCACAGAAACAUCCACACUGGAGAGAAACCGUACUCAUGUGAUGAAUGCAACAAAACAUUUUUGAGGGCUUCAGAUCUGAAGAAUCACCUGAGAGUUCAUACAAAGGAGAAGCCACAUUCAUGUCAUUUGUGUGGAAAGAGAUUUUCAUGUUUACAAUAUUUAAACGUGCACCAGAAAAUACAUGCUGCUGUUAGAGAGUUCAUGUGCUUUGAGUGUGAAAAAACUUUUACUACAGCAAAGUGUUUAAAACUGCACCAGAGGAUUCACACUGGAGAAAAACCUUAUGAGUGUUCACACUGUGACAAGAGAUUCAGUGUGUCAUCAAAUCUGAAAAAACACGAGAGGAUCCACACUGGAGAGAAACCGUAUCACUGCACUACAUGCGGGAAGUGUUUCAAUAAUUCAUCUGCUCUACACAGACAUACAAAAAACAUUCACAAGCUGAUCGAAGAAACCGAGGAGAAUAAAGAAUCAAGUGAACUCGAGGAGAAAAAUCAAGUCAAAACUGGAGACAAAAUUUAGAGUUGCUCUCAAACCAAACGGAAAGAAAAGAAGAGCCAAGAAAUCUUUCACCUCUGCACUCAGUGUAGAAAGAGUUUGAAAAGCAAAACUAGUCUUGAGCAUCACAUGAACAUCCAUACUGGAGAGAAACUGCACACAUGUGAAAGGGCUGCUGUUGUUUGCUUGGAACGGUCUUAUUUUUUAAUAGGCCUAACAACGAUCAAAUAAUGACAAAGGUUUUUCUGCACUCUUCCAUUUUUAGCAAAUAAAAUGUGUGUUUUGUAUGGAACAUAAAUGCCCUUUUAUGUGAUAAACUCCAUUACAUGUGUUUGUUUUCAUGUA